GGCGGUCACGACUAGACGCCUCACGCGUGGUGGCGGCGACGGUGCGACUCCGAGAAUACAUAUCUUUGAGAGAUGCAGACCACUGCAGUGGUGGAGACAGCUUCUGGUAAACGCUACCACAAUAAUGGAGGAAACAUCCAGAAAGAUGAGCCUUCUAAUCCUAAAAAAGAAAAUUUGUUACUAUCUUCCAAUGGUAAUGAAGCCAAAUUGACUUUUCUUGAUAACUGGGAUUCCUUGGCACUAGAACAAAGAGCUAAUGACAAAGAAAUCAACUAUAUUGACAAAAUAGAUUUAUUGGAGCCAUCUUUUACUGUGAGUCCAGAUACUAACGUAGAGAGUAUUCACUCUCAGUCAAGUGAGUUUGAAGACAGUACUGACUAUGCUUUCUUGAAUGAAACAUACUCUAUACAUUAUUCAGAGUCAAAACUAAAGAAUGAAUAUCUUAUUCAUUUAAAUUCAGAAUUAGAUUCUGAAAUGCAAAAAGGAGAGGAGGUGUUUUUUGAUAUUUUGGAAUACCAAGGUAAUAAGAUUAUUGGCUUGGAAAGAAUCUACAAGAUUUCAGAUGAUGAUUUUAAAGAAACCUCUGAAGAUGUGCAAAAGUAUGAUAUAGAUGAAGACUCACAGCAGGAGUAUCACAGUGCAGAAGAACAAGAAUAUAUAAGUAACAAUUUAUCUUUUGGCCGAACAAAAACAUUAAACAUAUCUAAUCUUGAAGUUGUUGGAUUAAGAAAUUCAGGUUAUGAAGUUAAAAGUGCUAGCAAUCUAAAAGAUAAUCAUGUUAAGUUAGAAAGUAGUUCUAGCAUCUCUUUAGAUUCAGCUGAUGUUUAUGGACAAGAAGAUUCACCUCAUGUCUCCAAAUUUCAAAAUUCUGUUAUGUUAAGAGAAUAUCAUAAACCAAAGCAUGAAAAGUGGAAGGAACAAGAGACUAGUUUAAUGUACCACUCAGUAUUUGAUGAAACUGCACUAAGGAGUAGUCCUCUUGAAAACCAGGAAUCUGAAUCCAAGAGUGGUUUCUUGAAUCCUCAAAAAGCAUUAAAAACUAAAAUUUAUACUGGCAAAAUGAAAUCUCAAAUAACUGAAAGUAAAGAUUUUUGUGUAAAUGCAAUUGCUGAGAACAAAAUGUUACAACAUCUUGAAAAUCCUAGCACAUUACCACAGGACAAAGCUUUUGAGACAUUACUCCAACCCUGUAAAAACUGUCAGACUUCCUGGACCUCUGUUUUUGAUGAUUCAGUAAUUUCUGCCUGUGGAUGUUCACAUUAUAAAAGCCUACAAAACACUCCUAACCCAGCUUUAGAUUGUUCUGUUACUCUACCAAGCAUUGCAGUCAAAGAUAAUCAGGCAACAGAAGCAGCUAGCCCCUUAAAAGUUGCUAAUGACAGUACCACAAAUAAAACAUGCUUUCACAAUACGGAAGGACCAUGUCCUGAGUCAGUUGCAGCAAGUUGUGCAGUCACAGUUAAUCAGACAGUGGAUGUUAGCACUGAUUUUAGGGCUUGUUUCACAACCAGCAGGGCGACAAGUGCAAGAUCUUCUGUAGUAUCUACAUCAAGCAACACAGAGAUAACAAUGAUGAAUAAGAAACGGCCUGGUGAAUGGCAAAGUGAGAAACAAAGAAGUGUGGCUUGUAAUACAGAUUGGUCGUACAGUCAAGAUCAUGAAGAUACACAGAUGGCAAUGACAAAAGGACCAUUGGGAAAAUCUCUCUCAGUUGACAGUUUAAAACCUAAUGGAAAUUUCAUAAAUAAGGAUUCUCUGGAAUUAAGAAAAACAUUUGAUACCAUGGACUUAAAGAAACAUCCUGAGAGGGAACUUCAACUUUCUAAAGAAAUGGAGAAGAAUUUGCCAUCAAAGUGCUGUCAGAGAAUAAUGCAAAGAGCCAUCAAAGCAGAGUUACACCUUUUAAAUGUUCACUAUCAGAUGUGUCAUCGUCAUUGCAGUGAUAUUUACAAACUUGUAAUGGAAAACAGGGAAGGAUUAAAUAGGAAUUUAUCAAGUAAUUCUACUAAGAAGGAAUUAGGAUCAGCACUACUGUCUGUUUGGGGAGACUUAAAAGUUAGAUACAUGAGUUUGAAAGAACAACUAAACAAGGGUGUACCACUGGAAGAGCUACCCCCACUGUCAUUAGAAUCAAAAUUAUUAUCUACCUUCUCUACUUUUACUUUCAGGCUAAUGAAAGAAGAACCACAUGUUCUUUCAGGAGCAGAUUCUGAACUGGAUAAUCAAAGUACACAUGAUGUUGACAUUUCUUCGAGCCUAAAAAAGACACUCUCUCAAAUGUCUUUAUUAUCUGACAGUAGUCAUCCUAAACAAGAUACAUCACCCAGAGAAGAUGGUUUAAAAAAUGGCGAUAUAGAUGUAGACUUUAGUCAAUUGAAACUUGAUGAUAAAGACUGCAAAAAUUAUCGAGAAAUAAGUGAAGACUGGUUUGAUGCUAAAGAGAACCUGACGGGAGUUGACUUCUCAGGCAUACAAGAAAAUCAAAUAGAACAAGAAAGAGGAGAUUCAAAGUUAAUGCUAGAAAUGAAGAAUGUUGAACCCUUACGAAGAGAUAAAGGUUAUUUGAUACAUGUUGGUGGUCUCUGUCCUUCAGUGUCUGAGGCUGAUUUAAGGUCUCAUUUCCAGAAAUACCAAGUUUCUGAAAUAUCAAUUUAUGAUUCUUCUACUAAUUACAGAUAUGCAUCUCUUGCUUUAAAAAAAAACAGUGAUGCAAAGAUGGCUGUGAAAGAAAUGAAUGGGAUAGAAAUAAAUGGAAAAUCAGUCAAUGUGCGGCUUGUUAAAACUCCUGGAGAAUAUACAUCACCACUGUCCUCCAAAAAUGGAAAUAGAGUUAGUUUGAAUAAUUUGGAGAAAAGCACUAGCAAAGAAAUCACCUCAGCCUCCUCUAUUUCUAGAUUGCCCAGAACUAGGCCAAGGCAGCUGGGAUCUGAGCAAGACAGUGAGUUUUUCCCUUUUGACCAAAAGGGUGUCAAGAAGAAUUGUAAACAGAUUGAAUCUACUAAAUUAUUACCUGAUAUGCCUAGUCAGUUCAUACCUCCAAAUACAUUGAACCUGAGUAGCUUUACCAAGAUCAUGAAGAGACUGGCUGAACUACAUCCAGAAGUUAGCAGAGACCAUAUUAUAGAUGCUCUUCAGGAAGUAAGAAUAAAUCAUAAAGGUUUUCUGAAUGGCUUAUCUAUUAACACUAUUGUGGAAAUGACUUCAUCUGUUUUGAAAAAGUCUGCAUCCAGUUAGGAAUAAAAGAAGCAAUAAGAGAAUUUCCUUGGAAAACUUGAGUUCCCUCCUAUAGAGAAUGUUCUGCAGCACGUACGAAAAAGUUGUGGUAAUAGCAAGAUGAUUGUAAUUAAAUAGGCUCAAUAAAUGGAUUUAGCUGUUUAUAAUAUUCUACUUUACAGUCCUCCUUUAAAAUCUAGCAA